AAGGUAACCAGUAAAGCAUAUAUGAUCCUUCCAGUUAGCCCCUAUUCUUCCCAUUGUCUAGAACUGGCCCACGUUAAUACAUAAUCAGGCAAAGUGCAUGUAAUUGAUGGUUACACACAAUACACAUUACAGGCCUCUGCUAUGUUGAGUGACAAAUAUUGUUAUUGUGCUGGGUAUGUAUAAUAAUGCUCUGUUAACUUUGUCUUAUUUUGAUUUCCCAGGAAUAUUCCAACCCCAUAUUGUUACUGAUGAUACAUAUGGAAAUUUGGAAACCAUUAAAGCUGCAAUGACGAUGGAGAUACCUGAAAAAGACAACCAUUCAUCAAAACAUUUGUGGGCACAGAGGAGGCUCCUGGUGGUUCUGGUGAUCCUGCUGAUACUUGUGUUCAUUUUCCUGAUAAUCCUCACAAGCCUGGUGUUCAUAUACUAUUCCACAGUUUCUUCUGAAAUCAGCAAGCUGCAAAGCCAAGAUUCUUCACUUUCUUCUGAAAUAAGCAAGCUGCAAAGCCAAGAUUCCUCAGUUUCUAAUGAAAUAAGCAAGCUGAAAACUCAAGAUUCUUCACUUUCUUCUGAAAUAAGCAAGCUGCAAAGCCAAGAUUCCUCAGUUUCUAAUGAAAUAAGCAAGCUGAAAACUCAAGAUUCCUCCAUUUCUGAUGAACUAAAAAAACUAAAAGGCCAAGGGUCCAUUUGUGAUACAUGCCCAAGUGGCUGGAAUCGGAUUGGUGCCUCGUGCUAUUAUUUCUCCAAAGAGACUGCCACGUGGGAAAGAGCUCUAAAUGCCUGCAUUGGGUUAAAGGCCAUGCUUCUGAUCCUCAGGGACCCAACAGAAAUGGAAUAUGUGAAUAGACUCGCUGAGAGAGGUUCAAGGCACUGGAUUGGGCUGAAAAGAGAAUCUAGCAAUGUAUGGAAAUGGCUGGAUGGGACACAAAUGACCUUUAGAAACUGGGGUGUUGGUGAGCCAAAUAAUGAUAAAAAUCAGGAGAGCUGUACCGAGACUAUGGAAGGACCCUGGAACGACCGUAACUGUGAACACUCCCUGCAUUAUAUCUGUAAGAGAACCUUGAGCUGCUCAGCUCAGCUGCUCAGUAUUUAGCCGGAACGAGAGGCCGGGGCAAAUCACAGAAUAACAGGCGCCCGAAAAUGACACUCAAGCUCCAAAGGAAUCAUGUUAUACAUUUCUCCUCCAUCGCUGAUUACUGAGUAUUUCUUUAGAGUUCAGCUAAUCCAUGUGAAAAAGGUGAUUGAUCAAUGCAUAUUCCCUGGUCCCCUUACUUUUUAGUAAUUCAGUAUCUGUGCAAGUGCAUGUACAGGUAUGGGAUCCGUUAUCCAGAAGGUUUUGAAUUACGGAAAGGCCAUCCCUCAUAGAGUCCAUUUUAAGCAAAUAAUUCUAAUUUUGUAACAGUUUCCUUUUUUCUUUCUGAAAUAAUAAAAUUAUUAAUGUU